AUGAAUGCUGGAUUUCAUACAGAGAAUUGCGGUCCGGGUGGUGAGGCGGCCGCGUGGUCGGAGUGGAGCGGGCAGCGCGCGUGCGCCGCAACCGUGGAGCAGGUGCGCGACCGCCUCGCUGACGGCGCGCCCUUCUGUGCCUCGCUUCAUGCUCUACUCACACAUCUCGACUUAGACGAUCUGAUUAACUCUACGGACAAUAACUGUGAAGAGUUAAGAGUGCGCUUCGCCGAUCACACCGGGGAACUGACCGCUCGUCUUCCAGCAAAUAUUUUACAGAACACGUUAGGUUACACGACGCAACAGUUAAAAGCGAUGUCGUCAGAAGAACGGGCAGCUGUCCGCUGGCGCCUGCUGCUGGAGCAGUGCUGCGCCAAGUUGGCCGCCACGCCGCAUCGCCUCAUCGUGCUCUCUCUGCGCAAAGCCAACCCUGCCGACCCCAUACCACUUUACUAAGUUUAAUGUUGCCAUUCAUUGAUUCCUUAAUAAAC